AUGGAAGUUGAAUAUGUUUUUGAAGAAGAUACAAAUGAGGCAAGCAAAAUACAUUUUCAUUUUUCAAGAGAAUUUUGCACGCAGUUUGGCAUUUUGUUCGUUGCAAAUUUAUUAAUUUUCAUCAGUGGAACUCACAUAGGAUGGAUUGGACCAACAAUUCUCAAAUUAUCAUCAAACAGUUCAGAAAUACCGUUAACAUCAUCUGAAAUAUCAUGGUUAACUGCAAUGUUACCACUUGGUGGAGGAAUUGGUCCAAUAUUUGGUGCAGUAUUAGCGAAUGGAGUUGGCCGUAAAAACGCAAUUUUAUUAACAACUAUCCCCGAAAUCGCCUCCUGGAUUGUAAUCGCUAAUGCCAAAAAUAUAUAUAAUUUAUGCAUAGCACAAUUUAUAAAGGGAUUAAUUGGAGGUUUUGCAAUGGCAGCUGUACCAAUGUAUCUUGGUGAAGUAUCUUCUCCUCAAUUUCGUGGAAUUAAUGGAAUGCUUUUUCAAUUACACUAUACAUUUGGGGCAAUAUUCGAAGUUGUACUUGUUCCAUUUGUUUCUAUAGCCGUCAAUGCAUGGAUUGCUUCAAUAAUACCCUUUCUUUUACUAAUAAUAUUCAUUUGGAUGCCAGAGUCCCCGUAUUACUUUUUGAUUAAAAAUCAAACAGAAAAUGCAAGAAAAUCUUUACAAAUAUUAAGACAAACUGAUCAUGUUGAUCAAGAAUUAGAACACCUAAAACAAGUUGUUGGGGAAGAACAAAAUGAAGUACAAAAAUUUUCGGAAAUAUUUCGAGUCAGAAAUAAUCGGAUUAGUUUCUUUCUAUGCUUCGGAAUAAUAUCAACCCAACUUUUAACGGGUAUGAAUGUUAUAUUCCUCUACUCUCAAGUUAUAUUAGAUAAAUCAAGCUCACCAAUUGAGCCUCACAUUUGUGGAAUUAUAAUUUCAGUUGUGGGUUUUAUUUGUGUUAUUUCCAGUUUUCUUACAAUUGAUUCAUUGGGUCGAAGACCUUUAUUGUUAUUUGGCACAUUUGGAACAAUGAUUCCAUGUUUCUUAAUAGGCUUGUAUUUUCAUUUAGAUUCUAUUAAUUACGAACAUAUUAGUUCGAUAAAAUUUGUACCAUUCCUUGCAUUAAUCGUACAUCAUAUAACUGUUGUUCCAGGAAUUACUACAGUUCCAUAUUUAUAUUUAAGUGAAAUGCUAUCCACAAGCAUUAAAGGAUUUGCUUCGUUGAUCAUUUGCUGCUACGCAUCUAUUGGUCAUAGCAUUUUCAGUAAAUUUUAUGUAAAUUUAUGUGACUUUAUUGGAAUGCAUAAUGUAUUUUAUUUGCUGGUAUUUGGAUGUUUUAUAAGCGGAAUUGGAACAUACUUUUUUGUGCCAGAAACAAAAGGAAAAAGUUUAGACGAAAUUCAAAAAUAUUUAAAAUCUUAUAACCUUAAACAGCAUUGCUAA